AGGUUGUUGGAGCAUUCUUCAGGAUAAAGAGGCUCUAUGGGUUCAACUUGUGAGCGGCAAGUAUGGGAAGGGGCGUGAGGAUCUCGAGCUGCUUAAAGGAGUACAGGAAAGUUCCUUUACCUGGUAUAGUCUUUCCAAGGCUUCUAACCUGGUUAAGCUGGGAUGCGUCUGGAAUAUUCAUAAUAGGAAAUAUGCAAACUUUUGGACUGAUGUUUGGAUUUCGUAGGUUCCUCUCCAAGACAUGGCCACAAGACCGAUUCCUGUAGAUGACCAGAACGCGAAGGUGGCUGAAUUCAUUGAUGAAGAAGGGUGAUGGAGGAUUGAGAAAUUUCAAGAACUGUUGCUGCUGGAAGUGCAACAUCUAAUUACAACAGCCGCGGUAGACCCCCUUGCUACCGAUAAGGAUAUUCUGUUUUGGAAGCCCGCGUUAGGCGGGAAGUUCUCUACUAAGACCGCCUACCACCUAUUGCUACCUAUCCCAACCAGCACAAAUCAACAAUGGUGGAAAGGAAUAUGGAAGCCCCCGGUUCCAGAGUGAAUUCGUUGCUUCAUCUGGCUUGUGGUUCAUGGGGGGAUCAACUGCAACGACCAUAGAAUAAAGAGACAUGUGAAUCAGAACCCGUGUUGUUACAGGUUCCCUUGGCAGCGCGAGAGCAUCUCUCAAAUCUUCACUGAGUGCCCCCUACCGGCCUUCCUCUAGGUGUGAAACAUGCGGACUGAUCUACAUGUAGAGUUCUUCAGCCUCCCCGAAGAGUUGUGGCUACGGAAUAAUCUGUCUUGUGAAGAUAUUUCCCCUUCAGGCGCCCCCUGGAAUGGUUUUUUCAGCAUUGCACUCUGGAGAAUUUGGAAGAACAGGAAGCUUCGGCGGAAUGACCAAGACUCUCUCUCCCCCUUCCCUCAAUCAAGCGAUCAAGAGUAAGGCUGCUCUUUGGUACCAAGCGUGGAUGACGCCAAUUGCGAUACCGGGUGGGCGUGUCGCUCCUACCACUCGUACUUUGGCCGCUUUUGGGUGGAAGUCCUCACCAUCAGGGUGGGCUAAACUGAAUGUUGAUGGUGCAGCUGGUGGUGUGUUACGAGAUGCUGACAAGAACUGGAUGGGUGGUUUCAUCUCUUGCCUGGAAUCUUGUUCAGCUAUGAUGGCUGAGUUGUGGGUGAUCUAUCACUAACUACGAUUUGCUUGGAACUAAGGUUGCAUAUUGAUCAUUGUAGAAUCAGACUCCCAAACGGCUAUUCACCUGGUUACGAUCACGUCAGACCCUGUACAUCCGUGUGCUAAUUUUCUCGCAGCUAUUAGACGUAGACUCACUCAGGAUUGGGUGAUGAAUUUAGUUCAUACCUACUGAGAGGGGAAUAGAGUCGCGGACUGGCUCUCGAAGUACAGUCUCGUCUAUCUCUAUGGUAGGUAUGAAUUAGAGACACCACUUGAUGGGUUGCAUUUACUUCUCCAAGAUGAUAUUAGAGGCGCCCCGAUCGAUAGAAACAUAGUUCCUCCCCUUCAUGCCGAUUCGGCGUAACUCCUCCCUUCUCCCAUGUACUAUUUCUUCUUCUUCGGCCUUGUACCUCCCUUAAUAAAAAAAUGUGCAUGAA